AGAACUGUCAAAAAACAACUUCAUAACAGUAAACAAAUACCUAAUCUGAAUCUUGUUAUUUAUUUAAUCAAAAAUCUGAAAAUAAAUAUAAAUUAAGUUCAGCUCGGCCUGUUUCUCCAGUAGGGUUCAUCUCUAAAAAAAUUAACAUAAUUAGAAAACAUAUUAUUCUAUCAUUUAAUCUGUGAAACAAGUUCUAUGUUCACGAGCUCACUCCGACUCGAUUCGUAUGACUCAAGCUCAGCAGUUUGAAGGAGUGUUCAUAGCUUUUGUUUAUGUUUCGUUUUUAUAUCAAUCAAAUUUUUAUCUGUCCAUUAAUUGUAAUUCCAUAAGUGCAUUUACUCAUAGAAUUUUAGUAUGAUACGACUAUACGAGUCUUUUUGAGUGUUAGAAAAUUUCUAAAAUGAAUAACGAAAUGGGGAUAUCAACAAGCGAACUCAAACGCAAUAAACAAUGGCAAGAAAAUAUACCAAUUCGACAAAGAGGAGCCACUGUUAUUGAUGAUUCUGAUGAUAAGUUUUUCGUUCAAUACCAAGAGAUAGCUUGGACAGGAGUUUCAAUAAUAAUGCGAACUAUCACUGUGAUAAUGAACAUCAAUUUGGCCUUAAGCUAUUACCAAAAUGGUAAAAUCAACUGUUUCAUUUUGACGACUGCCAGUAUCGUUAUACCAACUAUUGUAACAACUCUAAUUCAUAUCAAUAUGUAUCUUCAAGAUCGUGAUUUAAAUAAGGAAACCUACAAAGUCACCUGGAUUACAUUUCUUGGCUCGUUUUUAUUUCGGUAUUGGGAUUCGCUUAUUUAUGCUAUACGCUGCAAAAAAGCCGAGUACAGAUGUGACAUGGAGUCGCAAAAAAAAUUUUACAAACUUAAGAUUCGAGAAGAAAGCGAUGUCGCAUUUAUACGCAUUUUCGAUUGUUUCUUGGAAGCGGCUCCUCAGAAAAUUUUACAAAUAACAAUCGUCCUCUCAAUGCCAGACAAAAUUUCCCCUUUACAAAUUGCGGUAAUUUGUGGGUAUUUUGGAACCAUGGCCUGGUGCUUGUCCGAUUAUCAUCGUUGUAAUCGAUAUGCUCAAAUAGAUAAACACAAAAUGGAAACUAACGGGUUUGUUCUGCAGCUUUGCUGGCAUUUUUGUGUUUCAGUAUCACGCAUACUUUGUUUGUCAUUAGUUGCUAGUUUAUUUCCAAUUUGGACCCUUUUUGGUUGCAUAAUGCAUAGCAUAUUCUUUGGAAUCCUAACUUACCUAAUAGACCAUCCACAGUUCUGCGCAGCUUCGUUUGGAAAAUUUAUGUUUUGCAUGAUUUUAGGCAUCGUGUAUUUGUUCACUUUUAUAAUGCCAAAAGAUGGACGAACCAGAAAUAAAUAUAUCAUUUAUUAUACAAUGAAUUCACUGGAAAAUAUUGCAUGUGUUGCACUAUUUAUUUUGUUUUCACCGCAAAACAUGCGUUCUUCGACUUUAUUUUAUCCUCUAUGUAUUCUUUCGGUUGCCUUUUAUUACAUUGGUAUUUUGUGUAUGGUUUUAUAUUAUACACGAUUUCAUCCAAAAAUUACAGCGCAAUCAUCCAGUAAAAUGUGUUUAAGAUAAAUUAUUAUUUAGAUCAUAGAAAGUUAGAUAAUUAUGUUUGUAUGUAGUGAAAAUAAGUGUAAUAUAAUUUAAGUAAACUACCUCCCUUUGCUUUAAACAUCUCUAGAUCAUUUUUUAUGACCUGAACAAAAUAUUUUAAUUUGUUUGUGUCAGGUAUUGACUAUGUCAUACCAAAAUUGGAGUAGAAUAAAAAAAUGUCUUUUUAAAUGAUCUAAAGUGUAUCGCUUUUACAAUUUAUAAUUUCCAUAAUAUUGUUUUUAUUUUUUUUAAAUAUAUUUAUACCUAUGCA